GAUCAAGGCAAGUGUCGUGAUUGGUAUGAGAAGAAUGCACUUGUAUUGCAAGUGUUUUUCGAAACGCUGAAAUAUGAGUCCUACAAGGAAACGCCGAGUUAUGGAUGUUGCGCCUUAAUUAUGAUGUUGGGACUUUACUUUGCAUCAUGUGGAACACUGAAAAUCAGACCAGAUGACGGAGACCUGGAAGAGGACGAACGAAUCAAGGACGUUGAAGAGGUGAAAAAGGAACUUGACAAGGCGGACAAGCAUGAUAAAAUGAUGAAUGACGAAAUUGAUGAUGGUGAUGAAGAUCUCGAUGAGGACCUCGAUGAGGACGUGGAAGAAUCCCACGACAAUAACAAUGAAAAGAAGCCAAAAUUAUGA